ACAGCUGAAACUCCGCCCACUCGAGUGGGCGUUGUUGUAAGUGGCCACUAGGACAAUGCUAAGCAAAACUACAAGGUGAUUUAGUUUUUGUUUUCCUGUCAAUCUAAACUAUUUAUAUUUUGACCAGGAAGCUGGAGGUACUCUGCGUUGAAAAUGCUUGCACAUUAGAUCAUUUCCAGGUGCUUUUCGGCGGAAUGGUCGUGUAAACGGGGGCCACUGUAAGUGUUUGUGGCCUGCUUCCAUAGCUUCUGCUGCUCCCGAGCUUCCUUGGCAUCACCUCCCCGCACGAGGCGAAGGCAAUGGGCCACCUCGGUGGCUAACCAACCGUAUGGUGGACUUUGCUUCCAAGGCGCCGCAUUAAAAAAUUGACUCCCAUCGUUAGUCAGCUAUGCAAACCGCUGCCCAGUGACUUGAAGUCCCACCAAAAUGGAGCUGUACUGGUAUAUAGUGGUCAUAGUGUUCAUCAUCAUCAAGAUCUUCUUCUACGUGUGCUGGUACCGCUCGAGACAAAGGCAGCUCGCCGCGUACUUGAGCAACCCCCGCAAUGCCCAGAUAGUCAUUGUCGGAGGGAGGGCCUACCUCCAUCAAAUGUGCGAGAGACAGAGUCAAACUUCACUGUGGCCAAGCUGGUAUGGCGUCCCUGAUGACCUGUCACAGGAAGAGCCCUCCACGGCGCUGCCACCCGCUGUAUCCUUGUCCCACCUGGACAUGCCGCCGCCGUAUGAUGCAGUGUCCGGAGAAGAUGAUCUGAAACCACCUCCCUACAGCGAGUGCGCCCACGCCGAUGAGGCCGACGCCCCUCAGCCCUCCAAUCGCACACCUCUCAUCUCUGAGGGAGGGCACUGCGGGAGCUCCAACGAAGCUCCGCCCCCUUAUACGCGGUCUCCCUCGCCCCAGGCCCGCCAACAAGAAGGCGAGUGACACGCACGGAGUUCGACUCUUGGGAUCACGCCCGGCUGGUUGAUUACCAAAACCAAUUUGCCCCCCCCCCCCCCCCCCCCAAAUACCUUCCUAUGGACAAACCUCAGGCUUGCUCUGGCUGCGCCACAGCGGACACACGCUUAUAAAUGUGUGCUCAGUGGUCUUUGGAGCCCAGUUUGGUUCGCUUAGUUUUUUUUUUUUUUUCUACUUUGUAGGCAUGUGAUCUUUUUGGUCAUAACAGAUGUGACAUCAGCAAGCCCGCGUGUGCCUCAAAACCUUGACCUGUUGCAACCAUGAGCGUGACGGUUCCGAUGUCAAAACUCCAGCAGAGUCACGACACGUGAAGAGAAAUACUGUUCGCAUUUUCAACCUCACAGUGUAACGCAUUUCAACGCCGCUUUCAACCUCGAUUGGGGAAGUUGGCAAACACAAGCCCGUUCUUCAGUUGCACUUUUGACAGAGAAUUCUUUUUUGUCACGGUGGUUUUCAUUCAAAGCAUGCGCACUCUGAAGAAGACAGAACUACAUUUUGGGGGCAAAUGACUGUGUCAAAGAGCAUCUAAAUAUGUGCCCAGAACGAUUGUUACGGUCAUGAUUUUUGCCUUUAUGCACUAUCACAGUAGCCAGCAGACGUUCUGCAUUUUAUUUCACAAUUUAAAACCGCGCCCAAGUGUCUUAGUCACGUGUACGUGGCAUGCUUUAAGCAAAAGUAUCCCAAGGAGAUAUAGAUACAUUACAUUUUAUGCACACUAUUUCUUUUCUUGCAAAAAUUGGCAUUUGGGUGCCCAGCUGGCUUUUGUCAAGGAGCCAGCCCUCAUCCCCCACCCCACAUGGUCAUGGCAAAUCCGGAUUUCGAUAGGUCAACCGAGUUUGGUCAUCUCCUCUUCCACGGCCGGCCGGGGUGGUUAUGGAGAGUGGCGAGCUAUUUACAAAGCGUUGUUUUUAUAACAGCUGGGCAGAAGUGCAAAACGGCUCACUCGUAGACACGUUUUCAAAAAAUGGACAGAAAGUUCUCUUGGUUGUGUAAUUUCACACCUUCAGCAGUGGGGAAGCAGACACUCCAGAGACCCGCUUAGCGUCAAUAUUUGUAAACGAUAAAUUACUCUUCCGUAAUACUGUAAAUCCCCCACAGUUCACGAGGUUUCACAAAAGGAUUCGAUUCACAGGAAUGUCACUUUGUCACAUUAGUUUUCGCUCCAUAAAAAAUAUAUACCGGGUACAUAUAAUUUUUUUUUGUUUUACAAAUACGUGUUCUGGGCUUUACUAUACCCGCUUGUAUGUAUGUAUAUUUUCAAAGUGCUGGUUUUCGCAAUAUUAUU